AAAUAAAUAUAAUCCAAUUGGUUGGUUCGAGUUCGAUUAUUUAUGAUAAUAAAUAAAUCUUUGAACACUCACGGUUUCACAGGGGAGGAGACUUGUUAAUUCUUGCCGUCUUGCCAUAAAAUCAAAGCGGUGUCUCAUCUUCUUCAAAAUUUAAUGCUAACAACGACACAACACGGACAGGCUACUCUCUCCCUCUCUUUCUCUCCGGACUGACACCUUUUUACACUUUUUAAAACGCACUGACUUCUUUUAGCUCCAUUUUUUUGGACCAUUCCUUAUUUACCCAAAAUCUCUCUGUGUUUCUCACUUUCUGCUAAUGUCACCAUUUUUUUUCUUGACUUUUUAAGCCUUUAGACAUCUGGUUGUUUUGCUCGAAAAGCAUCCUCUUUUAUGCAAAGUUGCGAGCUUUUGAGUUUGAAAAAAUGUGGGUUUUUUGGAUAAUUAGUUGGCAAAAUUUGUGACUUUUGAAGAAAACCCAUUUGAUUUAAGUUUUUUUUUUGUGCUUUCAUUGUGUUUUCUGGUUCUACAACAAAUGGGAUUUGGAUGAUUUUGUUUUUUAUGCGAGUAAAGGCUGCAAGUUUGACUCUUGGAGGAUGUCAGAUAAUAGAAUGGAGGUUGAGAGAAAACGUACAAAAGGAGGCUUUUUCCACUUGUUUGAUUGGAAUGGGAAGUCUCGCAAGAAGCUGUUCGUGAAUAAUUAUGAAUUUCCUGAAGGAUUAAAGCAAGGAAAGGAAAAUGUUGAGAAAAUGGCAAAGCCGCGGCUUCAUAUGACAGAGCUGGAUGAUAGAAGAGCAAACUCGAGUAACAGAGGGAGUAGUGAGUUUAGUUGUGCUUCGUCAGUGACUAGUGAUGAAGGAUAUAGAACAAGGGCCCCUGGGGCAGUUGCUAGACUUAUGGGUCUGGAUUCUUUGCCUGCAUCAAAUGUUGCUGAGCCCUCUUCUACCCUAGGUUUUGAUCCACGCUCUCUUAGGGCAUUUCCAUGUGAUAGGAGCACCCCUAAUUUAUGGAGUGAAUAUAACCCAAUGGACUACCGCAGCAUUCCAAAUGAGCAAGAAAAGUAUGCUUGGAAUUCCGUGGAAUCAAGGCUGCAGAAGGUGGAAAACCGGCCAAUUGCGAGGUUCCAAACUGAAGCACUGGCUCCAAAAUUGGCUAAAUCAAUUCCAGUUACCCAUCAUAAGUUGUUGUCUCCAAUUAAGAAUCCUGGAUUCACUCCAACAAAGAAUGUGGCUUACAUAAUGGAGGCAGCUGCAAAGAUAAUUGAGGCAAGUCCUAAGGCGAGUAGCAUUGGUAAAGUGCCAUCAAUCAGGACUUCUUCAGUUCCCUUGAGAAUUCGGGAUUUGAAACAGAAAAUGGAAGCUGCACAUUUAACAUCCAGGCCCCAAAGAUCCAAUGAACCCUCUAUUGCCAGGAAUACAAAAGAACAGCAAAGUGACAAGAGACGGAGUGGAUCAGAAGGCCUGUCAUCAGCCAAGGCUUCUACGGGUUCAGGAAAAGGCACUCCCAACAGUUUGAGGAAUAAAGGAAAGUCUGUUCCAAUUGCAGCACAAGCAAAGUCCAAUGCUCAAAAAAGAGACGGGUCACCACUGAGAAGUAAGAGCAUUGUGAAGCAGAAGGAACAAAAUGAGGUCAAAGCAAACCAGUUGCUUAAGAACCAGCAUUGUACACAAAAGGCUAUACAGAAGAGAACCUUUGAAAGCAGGACCAAUAAUGUACUUCAGCAAAAUAACCUCAAGCAAAAUUCUGUACCCAAUAAAGGUAGUUCAACUUUGAAGAAUUCAGUUUCUAACCAGCAAGGUAAUAAAACACAAUCCACAAGUGGUUCUGUUGGACAAUAUAGGAACGUAAAUAAGAUUGUUGUAAAGCCUGAAACCAUGCCCAGGAAGAUCGGCUCGGUUAUGAUGGAUUCUGAAAAGGAGAAAAAGAAGAAACAGUCUGUAAGUGGUGAUCUUCAAAUUGACAGAAGUGUUUCUCCUAAUGUAUCAUUCAAUAAGGAUGGAAGGUCUACAAAAAGUAAUGCUGUAAUAGAUGGGAACAAGAAUAUGGCUAUGGAUAACAGGAAAAAUGGCAUGGAUGUUGUUUCAUUUAUGUUCUCGUCUCCCAUAAAGAGAGCCAUGCCUAGUUAUCAGUCAUCUGGACAAAUGUCGGAUAAAUGCAACAACUCUGCUAUUGAUUCUUUUGGUAGUAAUGAUCAUCCUUCCUUCAGAAGCUCAACAUCUUAUCUCCCUGGGUUGAAUGUAGUGGGAGGUGAUGUUAUGGGUGUUUUUUUGGAGCAAAAGCUGAGAGAAUUAACAAAUAAAGUAGAGUCUACCCAUUGUAAUGGGAUCAGAGAGGAGACUUCUGCUACUUCUUCAUCCAGUUUAGAAAACUCAUUGUCUACUCCCAAUGUAGCAAGCACCUCCUCUGCAAGACUGGACCAGAUGCUUCAAAUUGUUCACGAUAAAAAUAAGUCAGACAGCCUUGGUUACUUUGAUUGUGUUUUGGUGGAAAAAUCACAGCUUGCAAUGAACCAAAAGUGGCAGCAAUCAGAAGAGAUGGAAGUGCAAAGCAGUAGCAGCAAUUACAGUGAAGCUGGAAAAGAACUUGAGUGUCAACGUACUAGCCCAGUUUCAAUUCUCGAACCUUCUUUUGCAAGUGGAAGUUACUCUUAUCUCAAUGGAAGUAGCCAUUGCUCAACAAAUGAACCUGUAGAAAUGGAGGGUGAAACUGAGUUAUCAGACUCAGCUUCCUCAAUAUCUAUAGUGGAUGUGGUAAGAAAAUACACAACUAGAACGUGCAGCACAACAGAAUUGAAGGAAUUAAGCGACUGGGAGCUGGAUUUCAUAAGGGAUAUACUUAACAGUGCAGAGCUAAACUUGAAAGGUUUUGCAUUGGGUCAAACCUCCAAAGUCAUAAACCCCAAUCUUUUUGAUCUGUUGGAGAAUCAAGACAAGGGUAUGGAAAGUAAUGAAGUAGAGCACUCCAAGCUUGCGCGAAAGCUUUUGUUUGAUUGUGUUAGUGAAUUCCUAGACUUUAAAUGCAGACAAACUUUUGUAGGAAGCUGCAAAGCAUGGGCUAAAUUGUCAACAUUGUUUCAAAGGAAGGGGUGGUUGGCAGAGGAACUGUACAAGGAAAUUUUGGGUUGGCAAAGCAUGGGUGACUUGAUGGUGGAUGAACUUGUAGAGCAGGACAUGAGCACUCCGAAUGGGAAAUGGCUGGACUUUAGCAUAGAAGCAUUUGAAGAUGGUGUAGAAAUUGAGGAUGGGAUUCUAACUUCUUUGGUUGAUGAAUUGGUUUCUGAUUUACUACCCUUGUAAAGCGCUUUAAAAAGGCUUUUCUCUCAUUUAACUUCCACUGUAUUUAAGGUAACCUGCUGCCUCUGCAUUCUUUUAAGAAGAAUAUGAUCACUACUCACAUCUCCAUAUUCUUUCCACCUGUAAUAACCAUUCCUCCAACUGCACUUUUCCCUUCCAAUGAUAUUAGUUCCCUCCA